AUCCCGCCCCGCCCCCAAUUCAGUCUUAAGAGCGGCAUACUUGUGCCCGCGAAACACCCUGAGGUACGUUGCAAAAAUAUCAUCAAAACAAAUAAAACGAUCCGGGCAUGAAUACAAAAGAUGACGUCUUUUACGUGCUGGUGAUGACUAAUCAUUUUAAAGCCCAACACAUGCUUCUGAAAGAUACUAAAACACAGUGUUCAGACUACGUUGUUCAGGCCUUUACAGUGCUUCGAUCUCGGUGUCUAGUCACAGUGUCCAGAUCUGUAGAAACAGAAAAACAGUGUAUAGACCUUUCACAAAUCUCCAAAUUUGUGACUUCUCCACCGGGCAUCAUGUCCACAACAUCAUCUUCAUCACCAUCUUUGUCCCUCUCUGUGGACAAUGUACAGAGGCGGUUAUGUGAUGAGCUGUUAAGUAUUAGCAGCAAUGCCUCGUGCGAUAUGGAGUGGAGAUGGAGUGGCUAUAGAACGGAUGGACAAAGCGAACAGAUCGGUUGUGGCAUGUGCUGUUUGUCCUUGUCCAACAGCCUCCAAGGGAUUUUUUGCCCUCCACUGCCAGGUCAAGUUCCUGUCGAGCCAGCAGAGACUUCAAAUGGCCUGACUGCUUACGGUGCCUUGGAGGCUUCUUCUGUGAUCAACAGCUCUACAGAAAAACCUACACAACACAGGAUGAAGAAAGGAUUUUGCUCUUUAUUGAAGAGGAUGUGGAAGUUUAUAAAGCGUCCUUUCCGCAGCUGUUUCUGCAGUAGUGCUGUGGAUGUUGUGGAGCCAUUUGUCCCUCCACCAGAUCUGGACGCAGAGCCUAAUCCUGUGCCAGAUCACGUAGGCGUCAAGCCAAAUAAGGGUAACAUCAUUUUAAACAGUAUUGUCGUCUUGUUUUCCCACUAA